AUACAUCGUUGAAUUAUUCUGCACGUACUCGUCGCCAACUUCGGACGCACUGUGUGUAUAGUCGCCAAGUCAUACUGCGUACGUUUUAUUCUCGUACACUUCCUUUUGUCGUUUUCGGUAUUGCACCAGCGCGCAUACUAACUAAACUGUGCCAGUCUAUAUCACUUUCUUUUGCAACGGUAUCGACGGUGCGACCAUAAUCAGAUUUCUCAACAUAGAGUGCAAGUGUGGAGUGGUCGGUGGACAAUGGCGGGUGGUAGUAGAUAAGCUACCCCAGUCAUGCAUAGUGGUAAUCGCCAACUACGUGUAAUUGUUGACCACAAUUGCCAACCAGAUCGCAUUCGGUGUUGAGCACUCACACGCAAACAUCCCUGCACCAGCCUCUCCGGGCACACGGGACUUGGCUGAGAUAUCACAAUUAUAGACAAGGCAUAUACCGCAACGUGUUGCCAUUAAGUACGCACGAAACGUAUAACAACGCAUUGGGACGUGCAGUUGAUGUGGACCGUUCAGUACGCGGUCAAUAAAACUCAAAGUCAUCUGAACGCACAUCGCGUACGGUCCGUACUCGGACGCGGUAGGAUUCAAUUGGAAUUACUAAUCUGAAUUUGCCGAAUUCGGCAGACAGAAAAUCGCGAGUGCCAACCGGAAGGCCACAACUAACGCCAGCCGAUAACCUUCAUACGUUUCCUCAUUGUAAAUUGAACCGCCUCCCACAUUUCUAGUUAAAAAAAAAUGCCAGUGAAAUUUGUAAAUUGAUUCAAUCGGAGAUUGGUGUGAGUGUGUCUAUGAAAGUGAAAUGAUUAAAAUAUACACGGAAAUAAUCGUUAGUUAAUUGUAAAAUUUAACACUUCAAUAAAAUACAGAAUUUGUUUAUUCGUGUAAAUAUCGGAAUAUAUGCGCCAGAGGAAUACAGAGAUCCUUAAAAUACAUACAUAUGUGAAUUAUAAUGCGCACGUUUAUGUGAUUGAAAAAGUGUUGAAUAUUCAGACAAAAAAUAUCUAAAAUCGAAAAAUAUUAUUAAAUUGAAGUUUAAUUGUGUGAUAAGGGUGCCAUAAAAUUAAAUGCAUAUAAGCUAUGCAUAUAUUUACCAUGAAGCAAUAGUGGCCGCAUACAUUUCCGAAUUCAUUCAGUUACAAAGCGAAUAAUUAUUGUACUCUCAGUGCAAAACAACAAAUAUAAAAAGAAUUAUUUAAUUAACAUCCGACAUGCUACCCUAUCAAGCUGUCGCAAUGGAUUAUGCUGGUUACCAGCGGCAGCCUACACCCGGACAUCCUGGAAAUCACAUGUCAGCCAUGGGCCCGCUGAGCAUGCCCGGUGUGCCGGCUGGACCCUUCACACACUCAUGGCUGGUGCCAACACAAGAUCUGUGCGCUAUGCCAUACGGCAAAAUGGCAAGCCAGCACCAAGGUGGAGGAAUGCACGGCCCACAACAGCCCAUCGAGCCAGGAAUUCUCGAACUAAGAAAGGAAAAAUCCCGAGACGCGGCCAGAUCUCGACGUGGCAAGGAAAACUAUGAAUUCUACGAAUUGGCGAAAAUGCUUCCUCUUCCAGCGGCUAUAACAAGCCAAUUGGAUAAGGCUUCCAUUAUAAGACUGACAAUAAGUUAUUUGAAAUUAAGGGAUUUCUCUGGACAAGGCGAUCCCCCAUGGACCCGAGAGCCAUCGAGUAGUAGCAAAUUAAAGAGUGCUGCAAUUCGUCGUAGUCCCGCCGUAGAUUUAUUCGAGCAACAUCAAGGCACUCAUAUAUUACAGUCACUGGACGGAUUUGCAUUAGCAGUUGCGGCAGAUGGUCGAUUUCUAUACAUAUCGGAAACGGUAUCCAUUUACUUGGGCUUGUCACAGGUAGAAAUGACCGGAAGUAGCAUAUUCGACUACGUCCAUCAGAGCGAUCACGCCGAAAUUGCCGACCAACUUGGGUUAAGCCUAACCAAUGGCGGUAUUUCAGCUGGUGGCAACGGCAAUGGUACAACUGGAUUGGGGUCCCCCACAUCAGGAGCGUCAGACGACGGUGUUGGUACACAUGGAACGAAUAACCCCGACGUAUCUGCACAAAUGACCGUGUCCUCCACCAGCGGAUAUAAAGGUUAUGAGCGAUCGUUUUGCAUUCGAAUGAAAUCUACACUCACCAAACGAGGCUGCCAUUUCAAGUCAUCCGGCUAUAGGGUGGUUUUGCUAUUGUGCAAGUUGCGACCGCAAUAUACAUUUUCACAUACGAGAAAAUCUCAGCCGCCAUUGUUAGGUAUGGUCGCUCUAGCAAUUGCCCUGCCUCCUCCUUCCGUUCACGAGAUACGUCUGGAAUGCGACAUGUUCGUAACCCGAAUAAAUUUUGAUUUCCGAAUAGCACACUGUGAGCCAAGGGUAUCUGACCUGCUCGACUACAACCCGGAAGAUCUUGUCAACAAGAGUAUGUACAGUUUAUGUCAUGCUGAGGAUGCCACUCGGUUACGAAAAAGUCAUAUGGACCUAAUAGAAAAGGGUCAAGUUCUCACUGGAUAUUUUCGACUGAUGAACAAGAACGGUGGCUACACUUGGUUGCAAACCUGUGCUACGGUUGUUUGCAGUACGAAGAAUGCUGACGAACAAAACAUAAUUUGUGUCAACUAUGUUAUCAGUAAUCGAGAAAACGAGAAUCUCAUAUUGGACUGCUGCCAAAUGGAGCCUACUGUGGAUUGUAUUAAACACGAAGAACUUGUGAGUGACAAGAACUCUGGUUCACCUAGCAGUGAUGCAGCACCCGAAGGCCCAGCCGGUGUUGGUGGACAUACGAAAGACUCAUCACCGAAAGCGGAAGGUGAUGGACACAACCAACGUUCUCGUGGGCGGGGCUCAAGUUCCACAGUUAAUAGCAACACAAGCAACUUAACUUUAGUUAAAGAUAAUCCGAAUUCCGUAAGUGUUGAAAUGGAAAAUGUGGUGAGCUCUUUACCUACAACUGUGACUGCGCCAGCAGCAACCCCUACCACUACAACGAAACGCAAACGGAAAACCAAAGUAUCUAUGCAAAUCGAAGAAAACUCGGACGUAAACACAUCUAACGUUUCGGACACGGAUACGCAACCGCAAACGAAAAUACCUACAAUAGAACGGGAAGUGCCACGAAGCCGUUUGCCGUCGACAAUAGAGCAAAUCCCACAGCAGCAGCAGCAGCAGCAAACGCAUAUUGCCCAACAACAGAUACAACAGUCACAGCAAACACAUACUGAGGCCUCCGUGAAAGAUUUGGAAAAUGCUAUGACUAAACACUUGCCCUCACCCGGAAUAAAUGGUAGCGAUGCUGCAGUAAUUGCUACAGAUUUCAGCACCGACGCUUUAUUAAAACAACAGCAACAAAACGAAAAGAGCAGCACUAUACAGUGGAUUGGUGCGCCACACUAUCAACAGCCGGCGCAAAUGCCAGCCACUGCGCUACUGAGGCAACUUUAUGCAAAUCGGGAAAGCGUUAUAAGAGCCACAGCUCGCCAAACACCGACGGGCGUAUUUUACGGUGACCAACAGGGCGGACCUUUGCCCACACCCCCAGGCAGUGAGUCGUCCUAUGACAAUCACCAAUAUCUACAACUCCAUCCCGCCCAUCCACAAAAGUCUUCUUCAGAUGCAUUCACUAACUUAGUGUCCACAUACGGUGGCUACCACACCUCCAUCGAUUAUCAUAACGCUAUGACUCCUCCCAGUUCAGUUUCCCCGCGUGACAGUAACAAUACCAUAAAUGCAACCAAAGCAAGCUCUCAUAACAGCAACGGAUACGAUUAUACGGACUCGCUCCGAGUUCAGUAUACAGCACCGAACAACGCUGGCGAGAGUGGCAGCACCCCCGCACUACCGCUCAAGCCACAGCCAUACUCAGCGGCCACGGCCACCAUGCACCACCCCCACCCAAGUGCCGACGCCUCCAGCAUAACAUAUAGCAACUUAGAUCAAUCACAAUACUUCCCACCACAUUCCAGCUUUCAUUUAUAUCAUAAGGGUACACCACCGAGUGGCUGGUACUCGACACCAUCAUAGGUCAGCCUUCAGAACUGCAAUUUGCAGCAGCAGUGGGGAAAUCAGAAAGAGCAACAAUUACAACAAGUCGAACUGCAUUCUAAGGAGAGCUGGGAUAUUGUGGGAGCACUUGGAAAAGUUGCCCGAAUGUUCUUCAGUGCCCGUAGAGGGAAUUAAAGACAAAAACGCAUCUACUGACUGGAAUCGAACGCAGCUCAAUAUAGAUAUAUAUGUGCAUAUGUACAUGUAUGUAUAUAUAAUAUACAUAUAUAUAGUAUUGUUCGAAACAAUGUACUAUAUUCUCAGAUUUCUUUCUCAAAAAUGUGCGGUCCUUAUUAAAUUUAUAUAUGAUUUAACAUCUAUCAAUACAUAGCAUACACACAUACAUACGUACAUGGUACAGGUGCAGUGUUGUUGAAAUAAAUAAACCAACGCAUACUCAUAUACAUAUGUAAUUGUAUGUAUGCAUGUAUUUUAACCAUCUUCCAAAUUAUGCAAAACGAAAAUAUCUUUUGUGAAAUUCUAAAUUUUCUACAAAAAGUUUAUACCAACAAUAAGCAAUCAUUAAAAGGUCAUGGUCUUUAACAACACCCUCAGCUUAAAACUAACUGUAACUGUACUCACGAGGAAAGGAAUUCAAUUAAGAAGUAAUUUUUUGAUCAAAUGAAAACUCACAUCGGUAUUACUUAGGCAUGGUUGUACCUCAACGAAGUAAUGUACAUGACCCAGAACCAUCGACUUCAUAGAGCUCUAAGCCCAUAUACCAAUGUGCAUUAGUUAUUUUUAAAUUUCGUUUUACUUUCUGUUUACUUUUGACUUCGAUUUUGAUUUUUUUACAAACAUUCUGUACCCAUGCUGUUUAGUACAUGCACAAAUAGCUUACAAAACUAUCAUAAAAACUGUGAGGAUAUGGGCAUUAAACAUUUGUACAUUUCAGGAUUAAAAAUAUUUAUAAAAUGAACCAACUAAAAUUGUAUAUUUUUCGUAUACUAUAAGGUUAUAACUAAUGAAAAUACUCAAGAUGAACAGUUUCCAAUUAUUAAUUUAUAGCAAAUAACCAAUUGCUUGUAAAAGACUUAGAUAGUGUGCCAAUAAUGCAAAGACAAAAACAGAAUUUUACAUUUAAGGAAUUAGAAGUGCAUUUUGUAUUGUUAUUAAUUAUUUAAGCUACAUCUAGCGGUUUACUUAUAUAGAAUUAAGGACAAAUAUCUGCAUGUCGCAAAUACAACACAUUGACAUACAUACAUAUCAAUCGUUUUUUGUAUUUUGUUUAAAAAGCUUCCGGUUAUGGAACUGCACAUUCAAUUCAAAUGUUGUAAAUUAAUGUAAAUACAUAUAUGGAUGUGUAUGUGUAUAUACAUAUGUAUGUUCACAUAUACGUAUGUAUACUUAAUCACAAAUCCCUUUUGAUUCCCACCGCUCAUUUCUAAGCUUUUUUCGUUUAUAUGCUUUUGCAAUUGUUAAAGAAAUGUAAGUUGGUCUGUAAGUACCUUCUACAUAUUGUACAUAUACAUAUAUACAUACACAUUCACCUAUACCUAUAUAACAUAAACUUCGAUUGUAAACUUCGAUAUGUAAAUAUAUAUUUAAUUUGCAACACAGUUAAAAAUAAUAUACUACAUAUUUACGUAAAAAUAUGGGUGGGUUUCGAAAGUCCACCAUAGAAAAUGCACAUAGCAUACAUACAAAUAAUAAAAUCAUAUGGAAAAAUUA